AGUUUACUUUCCCCAUAGAUGAAGGUCAAAGUCCUACAUCGAGAUCCUUCCGAGUUUACCAUCACCAAGCCAGGUGGCAUCCAGAAGUACCAGCGUAACGCUGAUCCCGUCCUGCAUCCCUUCGAUCGGGCCACAGAGUAUACCAGGGCUUUGAACGGAGCGAAGAUACAAAAAAUGUUCGCCAAGCCGUUCCUCUGUGCCUUGGAGGGCCACACUGAUGCUGUUAAAUGCAUGACCAGAUGCAGGACUGUGAUAGCACCGUUAUUCACUGGCAGUUGUGAUGGCGAGAUUCGCUUCUGGAACGUCGGCCAACGGAGGUGCUUCAAGGCAGUGAGAGCUCACGAAGGCUUCGUUCGCGGCCUGUGUACAACCAGUGAUGAUUCCCUUGUCGUCAGCGCUGGUGAGGACAAGACGAUUAAACUGUGGAAGUUCGACCCGGAUGAGGCCGUAGGAGAGAUGCUAGAUGAGAAGUUCAGCACUGUCGGGGCCCUGCAAUCGGGUUCGUCAGCUUCCCUUCACAACGACAAGGUGGCUCCUCUACAUGUACUCACUUCGUCAUCUAUGCUAUCGUCGAUUGACGCCCAUUGGGGUAAGAGCUCUAUGCUAGCCACUGCAGGAGAAACAGUGGAUAUCUGGGAUUACAACCGGACAACUCCCUUGUCUACCUACGAGUGGGGCACUGAGGCAACUCUUAGCGUUAAGUUUAACCCAUGUGAGGAGUGCCUCCUUGGAACAACUGCCAUGGACAACUCUAUCGGCCUGUUUGACGUCCGUAUGCAGAGUGGCUUGAGGAAGGUGGUUCUUCGUAACCGGAGCAACGCCUUCUGCUGGAACCCCCGUCAGCCCUUACGCUUCAGUGUAGCCAAUGAGGACGGCAAUUUAUACACUUUCGAUAUGAGAAAACUGGAUUCUGCGGUUUUCAUUCAUAAAGGGCAUGUGCGUGCAGUUCUCGAUCUGGACUAUAGUCCGACUGGUGAAGAACUGGUCUCUGCCGGCUACGAUAAGACUAUCAGAAUCUUCAACUAUGAGACUCAACGCUCCAGAGAGGUGUAUCAUACGAAACGAAUGCAGAGAGUACUUUGCUGUCAAUACAGUGGCGAUGGCCGAUUCGUGUUUAGUGGCUCGGAAGACUGCAAUAUUCGAGUGUGGAAAAAUGAGGCUUCGGACAAGUUGGGCGUUGUGAGCAAGCGGGAGAAGAAGGCUCAAGCAUAUCGCAAGAAGCUAGUUGCGAAAUACAAGCACAUGCCAGAGAUAAGACGAAUCGCAAAUCACAAGCAUCUCCCGAAGGCCAUUAAGCUCCGACAAGACAAGAUGAACAUUAUGGAUGAGGCUCAGAAGAAAAAGGAAGUGAACAGAGUGAAGAACUCGAAACCCGGCAGCAGGCCGAAGGUCGGCGAGAAGCAGAAACCUAUCCUGCGACAGCUCAAGUGAUAACAUA